GCCUCUUGCCCCCUGCAGGUCCACCACCUGCAGGGGGAAUCAUGAGGGAUCGGUGCAAAGAGGAUCACGCCGCGGACAAAGGUGGCGACUUCUGCGACCCGAUCUCCGGGUGCUUAGACUGGCUCUUGGGAAGUGGAAUGUGUCCUCCUGGACUUUAUGGGUUGUCUGCACUCCAGCAAGACAAUAAAAGUGGCAGAUCUACUCGAACCCCUGAUCCACAGACAUGAUCUUUAGAAUUACCUUCAGCAUUAAGAAGUUAAAUACAACAUGAUGCAGAUUAGAAAGAGCGUUUCUCCUCAGACCAAAAAACAACGUUGAAGUUCUCCUGCACCAGAAACCAGAAACUGACUGUUAUCUCCUGUCAUGUAUUCCCGCUUCAGAGUUGAAAUCAACACUGUGAUUUUCCUGGUGGUCCUGCAGGGGUUGAUGUUCUGCUACUGGCAAUACCAGUUCACCCCCCCUCCAGACUCUCCUUCUCCCAGUCGCAAAGUUCACGUCUUGCUCCUUUCAUCGUGGCGAUCGGGUUCAUCCUUUCUGGGUCAGGUUUUCGGUCAGCACCCAUCUGUUUUCUAUCUUAUGGAACCUGCAUGGCAUGUGUGGAGCGAAAUGAGGACAUUUGGGGCAAAGACUCUACGAAUGGCUGUAAGGGAUCUAAUGCGGAGCGUAUACCACUGUGACUUCUCAGUGAUGGAUUCCUACAUGCCGGAUAAUCGCAAAACAUCCAGCUUUUUUAUGUGGUAUCAGAGUCGGGCACUGUGCUCGCCUCCAGUCUGUUUCCUCACACCAUUUGGUCACAUAAACAACGAGACUCAGUGCCAGAAGGAAUGUGAAAGUCUAGGAUUUGAGAGGGUGGAGAAGGCCUGCCAGAUCUACAGCCAUGUGGUUUUAAAAGAAACUAGAUUUUUUGAGCUGGAAUCCCUUUACCCUCUUUUACAAGACCCCAACCUUGACCUCCGUAUCAUUCACCUUGUCCGCGAUCCUCGAGCUGUGUAUAGGUCUAGAGAGGAGUCAGCCUUAUCCUUCAAGAUGGAUAAUGCCAUUGUCUUGGAGCACAAACCCGUACCUGCUGGCAAGGAGCAAUAUCAAGUCAUGCAAGAAAUCUGCCAAAGCCACGUCCGGAUCAAUGAAAGAGCCACCCAGGACCCUCCUCCGUUUCUGAAAGGUCGCUACAAGCUGGUUCGCUAUGAAGAUGUGACGCGCAACCCGCUUCAGGAGAUCAGUGACAUUUAUGACUUUGUAAAUUUAGAGAUGACCAAUGAGAUGGAAGCAUGGAUCAAAAAUAUGACUCACGGAAAGGGGAAAGGCAAUGUGGAAAAUACUUUCCAGAUUAUCUCCAGAAAUGCUGUUCAGGUGUCCUUGGCUUGGCGCACCUUGCUGCCCCACAACAAGGUCAAACGCAUUCAGGAAGUGUGUAAAGAGGCCAUGCGCAUGCUCAACUACAGGACAGUUGACAGUGAAAAAGAUCAGAAGACACUUGAUCUAGAUCUGUACAUGCCACAGGAAUUAAAAGAGUUCAUUUGGAAACAAGCUAAAACUCAGGAUGCAUGAAACAGUUAAAUCAUAUUAGGUUAUUAGCAGAAUACUUCAAAGAUCUGCCAGCGGUUUCAGAUCCCACAGGAGGCUACAAGCUUGGACAGUGUAGCACAGAGGAUUUGAGUUACAAUAUAGACCCAGUUCCUGUUAUAAAGCUCUUUUAUCCUCUUUUCCUGUUUUGAUUUGAUCACAGCUGUAUUUAAGAAUUUGCUAGUUGCCCAGUUUAUAUGCAGACAAUUACUUUAUGCCGGCAUUGACAUUUAAUGGUAUACCCAAAAACUAAAAGACUAAAACUGCAUUUAAAACUCAAACAAACCCAACUAGAUUUUUUACAGCAAAGCACUUCAAAAGAAAAACAGACAUUUUCUUUAAAUCAAGACUAUUAAACUUCUGGAAGUUGGGCGGGAAAGUUAUUCCAAAGGCCCCCUUUAUAAUUCACGUGCUAAUACUCUUCCAUUGUUCUAUUUAUUAGUGAUAUCAAAUUAUCUUUUGUACUCCUAUGUAAUGUAGGAAUAUUCUUUUUUUUUUUUUACAUUUUAAACCCUAAACAUUAAACGUUUAUUGGAGCACUUUCAAAAUUAUCCAAGUUAUAGUUAAUAACUCAGAAUUAUUCAUUUUUAAGUAACACAUUUUAAAGCCAGGACCCACUGUUGGUUUAUACAGUUCAUUAGUGUAGUAUUCUUUAUAAUGUACCCUUUUUCGAUUAAAUGCAUACCUUUAUUGAUUUAUUGCAAUCAUAAAGAGAGGGAGAACUUGCUUUCCAUAAACAAGUACAUGUAAACUGAGAAAACGUGUUAGGUAUGAACUACCAUCACUUUGUAAUGGAAUUUUAAUGUGAUUUCAAACCCUUGUCACAUCUGUCAAAGUCAAGCAGGUAUUUUUUCAUUGCGGAAUGUAGAACGAUCACAUGAUGAGCUACAUUGAUAAACCGUCUUUGUUCCAGUAAACAGAAAGAAUUUGUGCAAAUGUGUGCGUGUUUGUACGUUACCUCUUCUGCCUGCAUAAGAUGUGCUAUCAGCACAAUCCAACGUAAAUUAUCUUCUGGCUCUGGAUUAUUGCCCAAAUAAGUGGGUUUUGGUAUUUUGGCGUUGAGUUUCAUUCUGGUGGAAACUGUCAAACUGUUGUCCGCAGCAGGCAGAACCUUUCAGGCCAGGCUUGAGAAACGUCUCUGACGGACUGAAGUCGCGGUGUGUGUGUGUGUCAAGAGGCAGAAAAAAGGUUUAGUGUAAGGUAGAGAUUUUGCACAAACAGAAGUAUCGUCAGGCAGUUAUCAGUUUUUCCCCAGACAUUGCAGGUUUCUUUUUUUUUCCUUUUAGACUGCAUGACUAAAUGUUUUAACCCGUUCAUUGAGGCAUUUGAGGUUUUUAGGCCCAUAUUUUCUUAACAUAAAAUCAAACGUUCUCUCUGGGGAGGAGGUGAUUCCUUGGGAACUUUCUGGCGUCGGGGUAACGAGGCAAUAUUCCUUUAAAAUCUGCAGAUGUCUUCACCGGAGUUAAGAGAUUUCCAGGUACUUCACUACCUAACUUCGGAAAACUGUAUUUUUUUUUUUUUUUUUUCAAAACAGCCGAGCUCUGCAAUAGUUUGUCGGUUUAUAUCAGGUUUCUUCCCUUAGGACUUAUUGGGUAGAGUUCCGACUGCAGAACACACACACCUAGAUACAGGAAGACACUUACAGGACAAACUUAGUUUAGACUGGUUUAGACUUUUAGACUUAGCGACAUAAACUCAAUAAGCUUUGUCACUUGGAAUGCACGUGGAAUUGGAAUUAAUUCUAAAAAUAUAAAAUCAUAGAUUAAUUAGAAAAACUUAAAGCAGACAUAUUCUUCCUUCAGGAAACCCACAUAUCCACAUAUGAGCUGAACACACUAAAAACACCAGAAUUUCCUCAUUUGUUUUAGCUAAUUAUAAUCAAAUUGUCCUCUGGAGCUCUUCGUUCAUUUAUUACCAGGUUUUAUAAAUUGCACUGUUUGAUUUGUAUCUAAGAGCUGAUUUCAGAGUUGUGACAAAAUUUGAAAAAGAAGAAGGACAUAACCUGAGUUUUAAACUGAGUUAAAACAGUAAAAUAUUGCUAGAGCAAAGUAAAGGAUUGUUUCAAAUUUAGAAACUUAAAACACACUAAAUAAAUUGUGAUUUCUGUCUUUUGUUUGGUUUCUAAUUUUAUUGCUUCCUGCUGAUUCAGUAUCUCUUUGAAUUAGUUUUAGUCACAAAUUAGGAGCCUUUUAGGUCUUCUUUGUAUUGUAGAAGCUUUUUAUCUUUUACAUGUUUUAAAUAUCUUUUAAAUUCACUACUGAGAAUUUGUGAAAUAAAUAUAUUUGAAUUACA